AUGCCCUCCUCAGUUCGUAAGGCGGACAAGACCCGCUACGACAAAUCCGAGCGCCUCAACACGCGCCGCGAGACGCGCGAAGUAGACGAACUGCGGAUGCAGGUUGAGGUGCUUGAACGGCAGUUGGCUGACGCGGGAGGGGCGGGAGUGGGAGUAGGAGGAGCGGUGGGCAAGAGCGAGAGUAGGGAGGUCAAGGAGGUUAGGAAGGAGUUGGGCGAGUUGGGGAAGAAGCUCGCCCGCGUCGAGGAAGAACGUGACGAAGCCCUCUCUGCCAAAAAGUCGCUCGCCGCCCAGCUCUCGUCGCUCGAAUCCUCACGCGCCUCUGACACCCUCACGCGGGACCUCAAGCUCGCUCAACAAGAGAUCUCGAAGCUGAAAGCCAAGUUGAAGGUGACGGAGGAGGAGGGCAAGACGUAUCUCACGAGGUUGGAGCAGCUCGAGGGAGGGGCGGAGACGGUGGCUGUUGCGCAGGUCAACAGGCAGAAGAAGGAGAUCAACGAGAAGUUGGCGAAGAUGGAGGAGAAGAUUACGAAGCUGGAAGAGGACAAAGUGUCUCUCGCCGCGCAGUUCAAAGCCGCCAAGGCGAAGCACGACCACCUCGAAGCUCUCUCGGCCGCCUACGAGCGCGACAAUCAACGUCUGACGCAGCAACUCAAGGACUCGCAGGCGCUGUCGGAGAAGGCGGAGAAGGCGUUGGCGGACGCGAGGACCAUGGCCAAGGCCCACAGCGGGGGUUGCUCGGCGGAGGAGAAGACGCGGCUCACUGAGCGCAUCGCCGCGCUCGAGGGCAUCUGCGCGACGCUGGAGCAGUCGACGAACGGCUCGAUCUCGGGCGCUCCCGAUCCCGCCCUCGUGUCUACGGUCCGCCGCUAUCACGAACUGCUCAGCAACUUGCGCCUUUCUGAGGACGACGUCUCGAACCUCCUCGCAAAUGGAAGCGACUGGCCUCCCGUCCGCGCAAGCCUGACGGACUCGUCCCUCAUUGACCUUCUGUGGCUGCUCAACGACCAGCAAGACGAAGCGGAAGAAGAGCGCCAGUUCCUCGGCGAAAAAGUCGCCCGCCUCGAAGCUGAGGUCGCGAAGCAGAAGAAGCGUGCGGAAGCGGCGAUUGCGGCAUCGUAUCGUGGCAAGAAGAGCGAGGUGGUUGACCUUGAUGGGAUGGAGGAGCUGAGGAAGAAGAGGGAGGAGCUUGAGCGAGAGUUGGAGGCUGCGUUGGCGGACAAGGAGCGCGAGAAGGCGAGGGCGCAGGAGAUGAUUGCGCAGCUCGAGGCUCGCGCGUCGGCUUUCGAGGUCAAUGCCUCGCGCGUCUCGCGUGCAGAAUCGCCAUCUCGCAUGUCGUCCUCUUUCGCGUACGGUACGGUGGCGUCAGGAAACAGUCAAGGCGUCGUCGACAGGCUCACCAAGACCAUCAACGAGCUGAACGACCAGGUUGCCGAGUUGCGCGACGAGAACACAACUCUUCUCCUCAAGCUUGUCGGUGUGGAUGAGUAG